GCGCGCGGUCGGAAGCGGCGAAGUGGAGCGGCGCACGGAGGGUUGCGCGGCGGCCUGCGCCCUGCGGGGCAGCGCACGACGCACGCACGCGGCGGCGGGGCGGGGCGGGGCAGCGCGCCAGCCGGCCAGCACUGGCUGGGGAAGCCUGCGACCGCGAGGGCGCGAGGCCGAGGCGGAGGCCAGCUGCGGCCGGCGGUAAGGGGGGGGGAGGCCAGCGGUGGCGGGGACUCGCGGGGCCGAAGCCGGCAGCAACACAACGGCGGCGGGCACAGGGGGCUCAGCGGCCGGGCGCGGGCGCGGCCACGGUGCGGCGGCGGGGCGGCAGCGAGCAAGGACGCGCCGGCGGCAGUGGCACUCGGUCGGCAUCUCGGCGCGGCGCCGCUGUCGGCUGUACUGCUGCAGCUUGAUACCUCAAGCAACCAACUAGCCAAGUUGCAAUAGCCAAAUUCAUUCACCAUUGAUGAGUCCUAUGUAAAGUUGUGUAUUUCCAUAUUUUCCAUGGUUCUGUGCCGGCAGCCCAAACAUGUCUUUGAAUGGUGCAUACACUUGAGAAUUGCCCCCCUGGGACUCCCUUGUCGCCCCUUCUCUGUACUUACAGCUUCAGCUUCAGUUCAAUCAGACUACUCAAGUGAUGAUGACAAACUGAAUUGUGCCCCGUCUGAAUUUGCCCGGAAAAGACCCCGCGCUUUGUGCUCUGCUAGUGUUGUGCAGACUCUUCAUUGCCUAAAGAGACGACCUGCCAUUGCAUUUGCCUACUUUAAAGAUACACAGAGCAUUGGGUUUAAUCAUGACUUGUCAACCUACUCAGAGAUGAUUCAAAUUUUAUCCCACUCACGCCAGGGGAAAAUGAUGGUUUCUUUGUUCUCUGAGCUUGUUUCAAGUAGUAAUGGUAAAGGUCCUGAAAUUUUGUCCCUUGUUGAUCACCACAGAAGAACAUGUGGUACUCCAUAUUCACUCUCAUUCACAAUCGAUUGCUUGAUCAAGGCAUACAUCACUUGCUAUGAUGUACAUGCAACCAAAUGCCUAUUUGGUCGCAUUUGCAGGCUUGGAGUUGUCCCAUCUGUUUGGGCUUGGAACCUACUUCUCAAACUUAUAGCUGAGAGUGGUGAAUAUGAGAUGGUUCUCACAGCUUAUAAUGAGAUGAAGUGCGUUCAGCUGACUCCUGAUGUUUAUACAUUUGCCAUAGUCACUAGGUCUCUUUUUCAAGCAAAGAAAGUGGCCGAAGUGUUGCAAGUUUGGGCUGAAAUGACUGAAAUGGGAGUGAAACUAGAUACACGUGGGUACUCGUCAUUUCUAAUCGGUCUAUGUGACUGCGGAAAGUAUGAUUUAGCUUAUAUUUUUCUGCAAGAGAUCAUUAGGGAGAAGGUUCCUGUUGAGGCCAUGGCUUAUAACAUGAUAAUGGAUGGACUAUGCAAAGAAAUGAGAUUGGACGAGGCAGAAAAGCUCUUGGAGAACAAGGCUAGACAAGGAUCCAUCCCUGAUGUAUAUGGUUAUAGCUAUCUAAUUCGGAGUUAUUGCAAAAUGGGCAACCUAGUAAAGGCUGUAGAUCAUUAUGAAGCCAUGGUUUCCCAUGGUAUUGAGACAAAUUGCCAUAUCGUGAGUUACCUUCUGCAAUGCUUCAGGAAGUUAGGCAUGACAUCUGAAGUAAUAGCGCAUUUCCUGAAAUUCAAAGAUUCAGGGCUUCAUCUUGACAAGGUGCUUUAUAAUAUUGCUAUGGAUGCUUAUUGCAAGCAUGGGAACAUGAAUGAAGCAGUUAUGCUACUGAAUGAAAUGAAGUCUGGGGGUUUGACACCUGACAAGAUUCACUACACAUGCCUAAUUAAUGGUUACUGUUUGAAGGGAGAAAUACAGAAUGCGCAGCAGGUAUUUGAGGAAAUGUUGAAGGCCAAUAUAGAGCCAGAUAUAGUUACAUACAACAUAUUGGCCGGUGGGUUUUGCAAGAGCGGUCUUGUUAUGGAGGUGUUUGAUCUUCUAGACCAUAUGAUGGAUCAUGGUUUGGAGCCUAAUUCACUCACCUAUGGUAUAGCAAUUGUUGGAUUCUGUAGAGGAGGCAACCUUAGUGAAGCAGAAGUGUUAUUUAAUAUAGUAGAAGAAAAAGGAAUCGAUCAUAUCGAAGUGCUGUACAGUGCAAUGGUUUGUGGAUAUUUGCAUUCAGGCUGGACUGAUCAUGCUUACAUGCUUUUUGUAAGGGUUGCUCGACAAGGAAAUCUUGUGGAUCAUUUUUCAUGUUCGAAGUUGAUAAAUGACCUCUGUAGAGUUGGAAAUGUCCAGGGAGCUUCAGAUGUUUGUAAGAUUAUGUUAGAACAUAAUGUUGUACCUGAUGUAAUUUCAUAUAGCAAACUUAUAUCAGCUUAUUGUCAGAAUGGAGAUAUGGACAAAGCUCAGUUAUGGUUCCAAGAUAUGGUUCAGCGAGGACUUUCUGUUGAUGUUAUUGUAUACACUAUACUGAUGAAUGGUUACUGCAAGGUAGGUCGGCUGCAAGAAGCUUGUGAAUUGUUUGUUAAAAUGACAAACUUGGGCAUUAUGCCUGAUGUGAUUGCAUAUACAGUACUACUCGAUGGUCACUUAAAGGAGACCCUUCAGCAAGGUUGGCAGGGGAUUGCUAAAGAGAGAAGGAGCUUUCUUCUUAGGGCGAAUCAUAACAAGUUGUUAAGCUCUAUGAAAGACAUGCAAAUUGAACCUGAUGUACCCUGUUACACGGUGUUGAUUGAUGGAAAGUGCAAAGCAGAAUAUCUAGUGGAAGCCCGGGAACUAUUUGAUGAGAUGCUGCAGAAAGGACUUACUCCUGAUGCUUAUGCUUACACAGCUCUUAUAAAUGGAUAUUGUAGCCAAGGGGAAAUAUCAAAGGCUGAAGACCUUUUGCAAGAAAUGAUAAACAACGGAAUAGAACCAGAUGCAUUGACCUUUUCAGUAUUAAAUCAGAGUUACUUGAGGUCUAGGAAGAUUCAGUUAUGUGUAUGAUUCCCUCUGCAGUACCAUGUUUUGUAAACCCUUUGUACUGAGGACACCCGUGUCAACAGCAAUAUUGUCUGUCUGCUGCUGUAAAAGAAAGCCUUGUUCAAGGAUUGGAGGCUAAUCAAGUAAUCAACGUCUAGUAGGUGGGUGAGCCCUAGCAACCCUUGAGGACAGUUGAACUCAGUUCAGGUACACUGUCAAUUCUGCAUUAUUCAGCCAAUUUUCAAUGUUGAGAAGUUUCAUAUCAUGCUCACGAGAUAGUGGAGGAUGCUCAUUCAGGUUACAUGGGUCCAUAACUUUCCAUCAUCAAAUGUAUGUGCACACAUUCUAUAUAUUCCUCCCUAAACCUUCUGCGUGGAUUUCUUUUUCCUACUAGGCCCUGUUUGAUUGGACUAAAAGCAGAGUGGCAUUCUGGUCAUGGUCACCUUUUUGUCCUGGUGAUUUGAUCUCGUGUCAGCACAGGCUCUGCCUAGUGCCUACCAGACAUUCAAAAUGGGACUCUCUUCAGUUCCAGAUACUGCUCCUGAAAAGCACAGGUUAAGUCAAGCUUUGAUUCCCUGUUGUGUUGAAUUAAUUCUUGGGACCUAUAAAUCUUCGACCUGAAGGUUCUUUUCUGGCCUGGAAUUCUGGAAAGAUUGACUGCUCAGUGUCUGAAAGUUCAAGAAGUGGAGUUCAUCAGGAAGCUUUUAAUUGAUUGAUUAAUCCUUAGGGCACUGGUGGCUUAAGUUCCGUCUACGGUGGUAGCCCAUGAUUAAUUUCUUGAGGAGUGCCUGUUGUCACAAUGCCAGCAUACAACGAUUUCCUGUUGCUGUGCUAGCUGGGUUUUUGCUAUUAAAAGUGGAAGCAAAGCAUCUUUCUGGCAAAACGAUUUGUGGCUGAAGGACAAUGAAGCAACGGAUGACGCACAAUUCAGUUCAUAAUCUUCACCAGGGAAAAAAAACAGUAGAUUUAUCUUGUUUCGAUCGCUGCUGUUUAUAAGCUGUGUCCUCUCAUUGUGCUAGGUCCGGUGUUGAAUUCACAUUAGGUGAUAUGUUAUUUUUUCCACCAAAACUGAUCGUGAAGCUUCUGCCUGUUUUGUGUAUCAAUAUUACGGGUUUAGCUAUCUUGCCUUCGAUUGAUUAAUUAGGCUCGUUUUUUUUUCUUUAAAUGUUCGAUGAAAUGUAUAAUUAUUUUCAAAAUCCGUAGGUUCGGCCUGUGUGCAGUUGGCCGCUGUAUCUUUCCUGUAUAAAGCUAGGGUUGGACAGACAGUUCCUGCUGAUAUUGAGUUGCAUUGUAAAUAUUAUAAGAUGUUUUGUUUUUUUAUUCAUCUAUAUACCAAUAUAUAUGUCUA